AUGUCCCUCACCGCGGCGGCGAAGCGAGAUCGUGAGGCGCGCAUGGGCUCCCAGGGCCAGAGGUCCCAUGGUCCGACCCUGUCCUCCAAGUUCGAGUCGCGCAUGGCCGAGCUGAGGCGCGCCAAGGCCGCCUCGGAGGUCAAGGAGUGCACCUUUGCGCCGACCCUGAACAGGAGGUCUCAAAACCUGACCUCCCAUAGAUCCUCGGCACUCAAGGACGACACUGCCAGUUUCCGCGCGGCGGACAUUCGCUACGAGCUGUCCGCUCCAAAUGCCAAGCUCAACCUAGCAGACCUCAAGUUUGGGGCUGUGUUCACGGAUCACAUGUUCUUGACCGAGCAUGUGGCAGGCCGGGGCUGGUCGACGCCCACGAUCGGCCCUUUUCAGACCAUUGCUGUCCACCCAGCGGCCCCUGUCCUGCACUACGGCCUCUGCUGCUUCGAGGGCAUGAAGGCGUACGCCGGCACGGACGGUCGCGCUCGCCUCUUCCGGCCAGACAUGAACAUGAGGCGGUUGGCUCGCUCCGCGGCCCGCCUCCAGCUGGCACCCUUUGACACCCAGGAGCUGCUGGAGUGUCUCAAGGAGCUGGUGCGCACAGAUUCCGCCUGGCUUCCAACACAGGACGGAUACUCCAUGUACAUCCGGCCCUAUGCCUUCUCCACCUCGCACACCCUGGGUGUCAGCAGGUCGACGCGGACGACGCUGGGCAUCAUCAUGAGCCCUGUGGGCCCCUACUUCCCGUCCGGCCUCACCCCCAUCCCCAUCUUCGUGGACGAGGUGCAUCGCCGCGCCUGGCCCGGCGGCGUGGGCGAUUCCAAGGUGGGUGGCAACUACGCGCCCACCAUCCUGCCCCAGGUCGAGGCGGCGGAGCGGCACGGCACGCCCCAGGUGGUCUACACCUUUGCGCAGCCGGGGCAGGCCCCAGAGGAGGCCGUGUUUGAGGAGUGCGGCUCCAUGAACGUCAUGUUCCUGCUCGACAAGGUGUCGGAGCGCACCAUCUCCAUCGGCGAGGUGGAGCGCGCGGCUGCGGCCGGCCGCCUGCUGGAGGCCUUUGGCUGCGGCACCGCCUGCAUCGUGCAGCCCAUCAGCUCCUUCGUCCGCGCCGGCGGCCAGCUGAUGCGCGCGGCCGGCGACGGCGCCUUUGUCGCGCGCAUGCAUGCCGCCCUCUGCGACAUCCAGUACGGGCGCGUGUCGCACCCCUGGAGCGUCCCCAUCUGA